GUAGUGGCGCUCCAGUAGGAAGCGGAAGCGGUGGCGUCUAGGUUCUAGGAACAGAGAUAGGAAGCAGGGUUUUUCUGGAGCAAACUGGGCGGGAGGUCCAGCCAAACUCCAAGGUCCCGGGAGGAGGGAAAGCGAGACGUGGGUAGGGACCUCGGCGCAGGUCGGUAACGGGCGCGUAGGAGUUCGCGAGGUGGAAGGGCCAAGCCGAGAGUGGACCCCCAGUUAGCCGCAUUCCGCCUGCCAGAUGAGCUCCAAGGCCAAGAAACGCGUGGUGCUGCCCACUCGCCCCGCGCCUCCCACGGUGGAGCAGAUUCUGGAGGACGUGCGAGGGGCGCCCGCCCAAGAUCCUGUUUUCACUGCCCUGGCCCCAGAAGACCCCCCAGACUCCUCCCCAAGGGCUGAGGACUCUGAGAUACAACAGGAGCAGAUUUACCAGCAGAGCCAGGCCUAUGUGGCCAUGAACGAGAGGCUGCGGCAGGCGGGGGAUGCGCUCAGACAGAGCUUCGAUGGCCUUCGGCGAGCUGGGCAGAGGCUGGAACAGGAGAUCAGCCAGGUGACGUCAGCCACCUCCUAGAUCCUAGUUACAUCUGAUGCCCUCGGUGCAGGCCUGGGCACCUGGCACCCGGAGGCUCAGGGUCCGCAUUCGCUGCGCCAGCCCUGGCCUGGGGAGACCCCGUGGCCCACCCUGCCAGCUGUGUCCCCUCUUCCGCCCUUAAUGGCCUCUAAUUUGUGAUAGGACUCGGGGACACCCGUCUAGGUAGCAUCUAGGACUUGACUGCAGGUCUGGGCUCAGAGCCGGUCUGCCCCCUAGUGACCAGCAUGCUCUUCUGUCCCGUGUCACCCUGGGCAGUGAAGGUCUCCAUCCCCAGCAUCACAGCAGGUCAGCCACUGUCAUCUUGUGUGAAAGAAUAGGUGGCCACCCCCUCCCAGAGCCUUGCUCAGGCCCUCCAGGGCCCACUGCCUUCUCAGCUCUCCCUGAGGAUGGGAGGACUCAACCAGGGCGCUUCCAUUCUGGGGAUUCCCGGGGUCCAAGAGGAGCCCAAAGGCCGGGGCUGUGUGUGUGGUGGACUUUGCCCCGUCUGGUCCUGGGGUUCGGUUUGCCUCCUUGCAGAAGACCCACCACUUUGGGGUGGCUGGACUUUAGUUCUGGAAGAUUAAAGAUGUCUGAUUCCUGA